GAUCCGUUGAACGGCGCGGUUGUGCCUCGCGAUGUACGCGGCUUUCAUACGCCGGUGCGUGCAGCCGCCCAGGGUGUGCGUGCCACCGUCGACGCAUCGGCACAGCGGGCAUUCGCCCCCCGCGCAGCCGGGUAUGGGGUGUUUUACACGGGCGGCGCGCUUGGCGUUCCAGGAGAGCCCCCAUCGGUAUUUGAAGGCACAGCGUGCUUCUUCGAACGGGAAGCCAUCGAACAGGUUUAGUCCAUAUCUCGCGUCAAUGUGCUGCCUGGUAGCGUCCCACAGUUCUGCGUAUAAGCCUGUUUUUGUGUAUCCAUUUUCUUCAGGUCGCGAUUGAGGUCGUUGGCGUAUCGUAACCGUUCCUCUACGUUGCCAUUGUGCUCCACAGUUUCUCUCUUAGCAAUCCAGCCCUCUAGUGUCUCGAACGGGUGCGAGUACAAGGUCUCCACCGCGUCCGGCGGGGUUUCUCUAGUCGCCACUGCCUGUGCCGCCUCAUCGGCUUUCUGAUUUCCUACGCACGUAUCUGCUUGGUGUGAACGGACGUGAUAGAAGUAUGUCUUCAGACCUGCCAACCCACGUUGGGCCAGUAUGUCAGUGAUGGCCCCGAACAUUUCGCGGUGUUUGCUGACGUGUAGCGACUCGGGCUCCAGAAUGGCACGGCGAAGGAUAAGCAGGCUGACAAGGCUGUCGGUGUAAAUCCGCAGGAGGUGGAGUCCGCGCCGGUGGGCGGGGAGCUCUUGCGGCUGACCUAGGCCGGAGGCCAUGGCGGCCCACGUGUGUGCCGGUCGGAUAUGUCCCAGGGCGUGGACCAGUGGGUGCCGGAGCCAGGCCGUGUAACCACUGGUUUCGCCAUACGGCACGACCACGACUGACAAAUGUGGCGCUUGCGCUGCCGCUGCCUCAGCGCUGGCGACCGCCCAGGCCAUUGCCAGGAGUUGGUGUCAAUGGUGCAGUACCGGAGAGUGGCACGUUUUCGUGCCGCCAUGCUGGGUGCUGGGUCCCGCCACCGGCCCUGGCGCUGCUUGCUGGUGAGGUCUGGCGCUUGGCUGCGCGGUCGCGCGGUUCCCUUGGGCAUGCGCAAGUGUCCUGCGCUUUGCUGAAGGCGUUACAAUCGAGUCCCCAAAAAGGGUGGACAUGCGGGCGGCGCACAUGUAAGGCUUGCGCGGAGGCCGAGGCAGUGGCGACAAGCCCGUUCCGGCAACCACAUUCUGCAUCAUCACUUUCUCUUCUAGUUUAUCGUCGUUCGGAUUUCCACAGGAGCAGCGGUUUGGUUUGUCAGAGGCCGAUGCUGUUGCCAACACUGCGGGACUGUGGGCAGAUUCAGCCGCUUCAAGGGGGGCCUGGACAAGUCUCGGACAUAGACUCAGCAGUUCAGUGGGGCUCCCCUGACGUCCCUCAUGGCCGUUGUAGUGGGCCUCUUUCCAGUAGAUUUAGUGGCGCCCUCUUGCGCGCUCUCCGCUGGUUUGUGGGGUCGCUUAAACAGCACUAAGUACGGUAUAGUUGGACGCAAAGCGGGGCGGUGCAAAGCAGAGGUCAGCUUCGGCGACCUGGCCGGGAACCAGCUUUCUCGAGGGGUGACACGCGCCAACACGCAAGUUGCCUUUGGGCGCGCCUAACUUGUUGUCACGAUAAAUGGUUGAGGUUGACUGCUAGCAAGCGUCGCAGAGGAAAUUCGCGUCUAAAGGGAAAGGCCACUAGAUGGCCAUUGCAGGGUCGCAACGCCAACUCAGCGACGAACAUGCGGCACGUGCUGAUGGCUAUGCUACUUGGUGGAGCGCGGCCUGCGGUCCUGCGCCUUGGUGGCGGCGAUGGUGGCGGCGGCGGCGCUGGCCCUGGCGGCUGUGGCGGCGGCGCUGGCCCUGGCGGCUGCGGCGGCGGCGCAGGACCUGGCGGCGGCGGCAGUGGCCCUGGGCCCAGCAGUGGCGGCGUACAUGUGCGUAGCAGAGGGGGCAGGCAAGGCCACGUGGAGGAGGAGAGCGCGGCGCCGCUCAGGAAGCGGCGCCGGCGCGCAGGUUGGGACCUGCCGGUGUCUGGCUUGCGGUCUUUGCUGGCGAGCCUAGCGUUGCUGUUCGGCUUGUUGCCUGCUGUGCUUGUGCUUGACAGCGGGACGCGGCUGGACACAUGGCGGGCGGGGCCUGUACGAACCGACCCCGGCUAUAGAUGAGGCAAUAUUGAAACCUUCGGCUUCCGAUGCUCCGACAGGAAAGUUGUGGGCGCAGCAGGGGAGGGAGGGGGGUGUAGAUACCAGCCCAAACUAAAUCGAACCAAUGCAAAAGAGCGAGGAGGAGAGCGUGGCCUAUGCUUUGACAACGGAGUGGAAAUCGUAGGAAACAAAGUCCCGGACCCCAUACCCUGAGAUCCCCGGGACCGUCCUCGAGGGGACGGCCGCCCCCCGCACGUAGAAAUAACAAAACCUUGCUGUUUAGGGGUUUGAACCCCCUCAAUGUAAUACUAAAGUGGU